AUGGGGCCCCCGGGCAAUAGGGGAUCACGGGGCCCCUGUGUCCUUGCCCAAACUCAAAAAAGCCUAUGAAAAAGGUAUGGCCUCAUGCUACCAAUAGUGACACUGGCCCUAGCCAAAUGCAAAAACUAGUUUAAAAAACAGUCGGAUAAGAUGAGUAGGGAAAAAAAAUGUCAAUGGCCUCCACCCAGGGGCUGACUGACAACUCAUGGGGUCCCUGGGCAAUAGGGGAUCAUGGGGCCCCUGUGUCCUUGCCCACAUUCAAAGCACACCCAAAAAAGCCUAUAAAAAGGUACCAGGGGCAUUUCAUGGGCCCCCCUACUGACCCCAGGCCCUCGGGCACUGCCCGAGUGCUCGAAUGAUCAAUCCACCCCUGCCUCCACCUAUAAAAC